AAAACACCCCGCCCACACUAUCAAGAAGGACGACAGGAUGCUACUGAGACUUCUUCGGCCCGUGCGACCAGUUUUGUGCCAGGUAUUCCACUUUACCGACUGCACUCUUUCCCCUUACUCCCUCUCCACCUCAAAACGCUAUCAAACUCUGCUGUGGCUACAAGUGGAUUCAGGAGACAGUCAACUGUAACCAGCGCUCGAUUCACUCUAAACAGCGAUGUUUACAAGCUCCACGAGGGAACGACAGGGGCUUCCCUCGGCUCUGGACCCCCGCUGGAGGGAGAGAUAACGAGGGAGGAAAUGACAGGGAUGUACUCUCUCAUGGCCGCCAUCAGAGAGCUGGAGACGAAGGCCGGGGACUUGUACCUGGAGAAGAUCAUACGUGGGUUCUUGCAUCGCUGCAACGGACAGGAGGCAAGUAUUGUAGGUUUGGAGUCCGCCCUGACCCCGGGUGACGAGCUAAUCACUGCCUAUCGUUGCCACGGCUACACCCACACUAGGGGAGUGAGCGUCAAGGAGAUUAUGGCAGAGCUAGCUGGGAAGGCUACCGGGUGUUCCAAGGGCAAAGGAGGAUCCAUGCACUUGUACGGACCUCACUACUACGGAGGAAACGGCAUUGUCGGAGCUCAGGUUCCACUGGGUGCCGGCAUAGCCUUCACCAACAAGUACAAUGAGACUGGUAAAAUCUGCGUCACACUCUACGGGGACGGAGCUGCCAACCAGGGCCAGGUGUUCGAGGCGUACAACAUGGCCGCCCUCUGGAAGCUUCCCUGUCUGUUUGUGUGUGAGAACAACCUCUACGGAAUGGGUACAUCGUCCACCAGAUCCUCCGCAUGUCCAGAGUACUACACUCGUGGACACUACAUCCCUGGAAUAUGGGUGCGUCGUAAUAAUGUCGGUUGAUGGUCAGAAUGUGCUGGCUGUAAGAACUGCCACCCAGUGGUGUGCCGACUACAUUAGAGCUGGAAACGGGCCGCUGGUGAUGGAGCAGUUCACCUACCGCUACUAUGGCCACAGUAUGAGUGACCCUGGGAAAAGCUAUCGUUCGGCGACAGAAGUGAAGGGAGUUCGCGAGACGAGAGAUCCUCUAAAGAAAUGCGAGGAGUUGGCUCUGGAGCUCAACCUCAUGACCAGCGACGAAAUCAAGGCGAUAAAGAAAGACGCGGCAAAGACAGCGGAGGAAGCGGUGGAGUUUGCUCACUCCAGUCCCCACCCGCCUCCUGCCGACCUGUACGCACACAUCUGGUGGAGCAGAACGAAGUAGUGCGAGGCUGCGACCCUUUCACCAGCAGUCACAGCAGCUAGCUAUACGCUGACAGACAAACAGCACCAUUUAUUCCUCUCUAGAUAAAACUGACAGAAUUAUUUCUUGAUCUAUAUUAUAUAACACACACAGUCAUCUCUUGGUGCACGGAAAAUAAUAUUGUAGUGCCAUCAUUGUGAAUAAUAUUUAUUUUCGUCAUACAUACGUUGUCAUAUUCUAGCUUAUAACUUUUACUGAAGUGCCUGACAGUUGCAAAAGCUGUUGUUCUAACGCAGCACAGCUAGGCACACGAAAUAGUCUUAUUCAAGUUAUGCAAGAAUGAUAGGUUAAAAUGGUGGACUUCAUCACACACAACACAUAUACACGUUACAGUUUGCCUGAUGACAAAGCCUGUAGGGAAUGGGUAUGUGUGUACAUAACUAAAUGGCGAGUCCAUAGACUACCACAACACAGUACAUAGUCUUGUUCUCCCAUCUGAUUGUACAGCUUCCUUCUGUGGAGUUGUCCCAGUAACAGGAGCUAGCAGUGUGCAGCCCAGCACCUGUCUUCUGCAUUAUGAUACAGUUGACAAUAUACUUGAACGGUUUCCCAAGCUUGGUGAGGUUGUUGAGGCAUUGCUCCACUACCCCCGAGGUCCACUGGUUUACCUUGUUGUUCUGGUACGACGCCGCCCCUAGUAUGUUCUCAACCGACUAGAAAAAACAAACUUAGUCUAGAGGUGCGCUUUAUUUAGAACGUGGUAUUUCGAAUUCCCGUUUGCGUUUGCUUUCAUGUACACGCUCACACACAGUCGUACAUACCUCUUGUAUGAUCUGCUUCACUUCUUCAAUGACGAAUGUAGUCUCUUCUGUUCCUUCCCCUUCUUCCAUGAUCGUGUCUUUCCCUCUGUGUGAUCGCUGUUGUCUGUUCUAGAAAGGCAACCGCAGAAUUCCACAGUGGACCUCCUUUGGGGCGGUUUCCACGUAA